AUGGGUGAUCUAUUAUGGAUUGAUGUAUCCUCAACAACUGGAUCAUCUAUCGAUUCUUCAUCAAUCACAACAUCACAAGAAAUCUUUCAAUUACCCCUUUGGCGACACGAACUCGAUAUGGUUUUCCUCUACACCGUUUUCUAUGUGGCCGUAUUCAGCGUGGGAUUUUUCGGAAAUGUAUUUGUUGUGCUAGCUGUGGUCAUUCAUCCAUCACUCCGAUCAACCACCGAUUGGUUGAUUUCUUCACUUGCCACCGCCGAUUUGCUCAUCAUGCUCUUCUGUCUCCCCGCCACUUUACUCAACAAUAUUUUGACAGAGUGGCAACUUGGCUCAUUUGCGUGUAAAUUGUCUGUUUGGGUGAACGCGACAACAUCUUGUGCCUCAAUAUUCACCCUUGUUGCUGUCACCGCCGAUCGAUACAUGGCUAUUUGUCACACGUUGAAGUACACCCAAUGGGACACCAAGUACACUUUGUACAUCAUUGCGGGUAUUUGGAUUGUCUCUGGAAGUAUGGCAUCUCCACAGAUUUAUAAUUAUGACACGGUGAAAUUCGACUAUUUGACUGAAGACAAUCGAUUAGCCCAUAUUUGGCUGUGCUCAUCGACGUCGGAUGAACGGAUUCAAUUCCUUGUCGUCAAUCUUCUACUCGGCUUCAUCGCUCCAUUCAUUUUAAUUUUUGUCUUCUACACGAUGAUCUUUAUUCGAGUGUCCAAUCAUCGAAGUCUCGCUGUUGAUGCGCAUAUUCGGGAUGAACGAGUGAAGCUUCGUGUGGCCCAUAUGAUGCUCACAGUAAUCGCCUUUUUUGCUCUCUGUUGGGUUCCUUUAUAUUCCAUAUAUUUCUACUUUUUGUUCAUUUCUGACGGCGAUUCGGAGUUUAUGAGAGUCGCUUCGACAAUUCUCCGACCGUUCUUUCAGUGGUUAUCUUUAUUGAGUUCAUCGUUGAAUCCAGUAAUCUAUAUUGCCUAUUCAUUAAAAUAUCGGCGUGCAUUCCAUCGAUUAUUGUUGUUACCAUGUAGAAAUCGAUACGAACGAGUCCGAACAUUGACAAGAACGACCUUACGAUUGGGAAGUUCUCCGCAGACCAUUAAAAAGAGACCACCAAAUUAUCUCUCAACCACAUUACCAACUGAACAAACAACUUUGACUAGAGCCUCGAAUAGAAGUCUUAACAAUUUCCGUUCCCCAUCCGGCAGUCCAUCAUUGGUCGAUGGACGCGAAUCUCGCGAAUCUGAUUUCCGUUUCUCUUCUUGCAAGAAGAUCACCCAAUUU